CUCAUGACUGCUGGAGCUUUUGGAACAGAGUGGAGUGUGAAGUACAACCAACAGGAAAUCUGUGCUUUAAAAGGAUCCACAGUGUUUAUGAAUGCAACUUUUACUCACCCAGAAGGUCUCACAGUGACAGAGACUUUCUGGACUAUAGACCCAGUUCCAGGGGUGGAGCUGACUGAUCUGAGUAAAGACCCAGUUUAUUCAGGCAGAGUCGAGUUUUUCACUGAUGAUCAGAAACACUUCUCCCUCAAACUGAGUGAUGUGAUGAAGAAGGAUGAACAUCAGUUCUGCUUCAGAAUCAAAACAAAUGUAGAAGAAGAAAGAUGGACAGGUUGUCCAGGAGUUCAGCUCAGAGUUACAGCACUCCAUGUAGAAGCUCCUGAAGAAGUGACAGAGGGACAAACAGUAGAUCUGACAUGUAAGACCACCUGCAGUCUGACUGACCCAACAUUCAUCUGGUACAAAAAUGGAUGUCCUUUAACCACAAAGACCAUCAAGAACAACCAGCUCCACCUGCAGACGGUCAGCAGUGAGGAUGCAGGCAGUUAUAGCUGUGCUGUAGGAGGAUCUCAACACCUCAACUCUACUGCUCACAGACUCAGAGUCGGAUUUUGGAUUGCAGUGGGAGGAGGAAGCUUUGUCUGUCUGCUUCUUACCGUCUUCAUCUGCAUCUGCAGGAUGAAGGAAAGAGCUCCUGGGACUGAUAACAGUGAGACAAACCAGGAUGGUGUCCUCUACACCAGCGUUACACACCGCACAUCCAGACCUGCACAGGCUGCUGACUCUGCAGACUCUGGAGCUGCUGAUGUUCUGCAUGAUACAGUCAGGGUUCAGAAUGAUGAAGUGACCAGCACUGACCAGCAGGAGGAGCCCCAAUAUGCCAGUGUUACAUUCCUCCCCCACCCUGCUGUCACUGGGUGA